UAUACAGGGGAAUGGAUCAAUAGUUUUCCUCGAAGAGCCUGAUGGUUUAAACAUGCUAACCUUUGACAUACUCAUGAGGUGGGAAAAACCCGGAAAAGUUCAACUCUCAACUGGAAACAUUUCGGGUAUACUUGGACAAUGGAACAGCCUUGAAUUAGAAUGUUCCGUUGAAGGAUGUGAUUCUACUUCCUGUUGCGAUGUCAUUUCCUGUCCAGAUUUCCAUAUACUUAAACAAGGUAGUUGCGUUUAUAAUGGUGUACUUGUUGAGGUCCAAUAUGAAAUGAACCUUUUAAUGUCAGCUGAAACCUACCAGACACUUAGUGUUAGAUUUGAAGAACACCGAAUUCUCGCAAGCUUUGAUGAUGUGUUACCGAUUUAUGGUGCGACAAAUUUGGAAGGCGAAUGUAAGGAGCUGGUUUCAUUUGGUGUGACGAGAAUAACUUGUAACUAUGUAUUCUUGGUGACAUAUAAAGUUCCAUGUCACCAAUUUGGACUCAUGAACAUUAACUGUCAGGAAAACAGUACCCGACUGCAGCAGAUAAUAGAGGGCGCUAUAGAACAUGUGGAGGCAUACUUCCUGCAGGACAUGGUGGCUGUUUCGACAACAAACUGGUUCAUAGUUAAAGUGGUUGACAAAUCGCAAGAUCAACAGAUAUCAAGAAAUGUUUCUGGGGAUGCUACACGAAAGAAACUUCAAUUUUGGAUGUGUUCUUGUUGGUUGGCUCUGAGUAUGACCCUCAAAUAAAAUUCUGCAUGAAAAAAAUCAGGCACAUAAUAAGCCUUAUGUAAAAUUUUCACAAAUAUUUUGUGUUGUUGGAAUAUGACCUGUAGCGACCCCCCCCCCCCCCGGCCAAAAAUCUAUAAAAAUCAUGUAGAUUUUCACUUUUCUGAGCACUUUUCAAGGGAUUUUUGCCAUUUUUGGGCCAGAGUUGUCAGAAGCAUUCCCCCCCUGGAAUUUCUUAAAAAGUGAACCCCCUAGGCAAAUCCUGGCUCGGGCCUGGUAAAUGUUUGUAUAUUACAUGGGUCCUAGCUUAUGAAAUAUUUUCUAAGCAACAGGACAAUUUUAUCAGAUUUAGACUGAACGUUUGAAUAACUGGAAUUUAGCGCAAUAAACUAUUUCCUAACUGAAUGAACAUUAUACUACAAGUGCUUUUAAUCAGAUUAAGACAUCUUGGAAUGCCGCGUGUAGUGUAAAUAGGACUAAUAUUAUUCAUAUUUUGACUGCUGAGGAAGCUUGAACACAACCAAAACAUUCCUAAUGACCGUCUUUCAACGAAAAACUUGGUCCAAAAAGAACCUUAUUGAAAUAUUUUUACUACAACAAUAUGUCACCACAAUUAGUCUUCAUAUGUAUAUUGCUCCACUGCAAGAGUAUCGCGUUUGAAUAAUGGCUACCAAUUUUCCCUGUUUUAGACUCUUUAGCCCUUUUACCUCUCAAGUAGAACACUACUUUGAGGAAUCAAAGUCAUUCCCUGAAUACAGGUUCUACUGAGCUUACCUUUCUUAUAUGUAGUUACUUACUUGGUUAAAAAAAUGACUUGAGUUAAAAGUAAGGACUGUUUCCAUGGAUACUCCAUUGACCACUAAAAUAUCGAAGGCACUGCAUACACCCUGGAGCAAAAAGAUCAAUAUU